GAAUUACGAUAACAACCCGGUGUAUGGUGUGCUGGGAAAUUGCACAACGAAAAAUAAUAGUGAAUUAAGAAAGUGCUUUGAAGCAACUAAAUACGUGUGUUCUGGGCGGAAAAUCCGGGAAAAACAUGAGUUUUAAUUAAAAAAUAUCGCAAACAACACGGAACACAUUCCGGAAACAGUCACCAAUCCGGUUUUGCGCCGUUUCUUUUUGCUCAUUAACGGAGACAAAAUUCGCCAACAAACCCACACCGAACGCCCGGUGCUGAAAUGGCUGCUUCAUUCUGUGGGAAACGAUUGCUAUUAACUAGGACGAAUCUGUUUGCGAACCCUCGACGUCAUGGGUACAUUGUGCUUGUACCCGAGAUCGGUGAGGAUCUGCCGGAGAAAAAUCCCCUCUCGAGCCAGCAUGGUUUGCCGGAAUUUAACAAUGUGACGAUUGAGAAGUGCGUUGGCGCGAUCGGCCAGCAGGCAAUUGCGGCGGAGAAGUGCGUAAGGUCAAUAGAGGAGCGAUUGGAGCAGGUUGCGGCCGGUUCCGGUACACCAGUAUCGGACGUUAUAAAGGACAUUAUUCUACCACUGGAAGCAACCGGUGCGCCGCUAGAAACGACAUGGGGUAUUGCGAAAACGCUCUAUCUCGGCAAUAGUUCCCGCAUGCCGACCAAAAGCUACCUAACGAUCCACGAGCGAGCACGCGGCGCACGGAGGUCCAAGUUCAAUAGCGUCCCAAUCUAUCGCACAUUGAAGAAUGCGCUCGAAGCCACGCAAUCGAAGAAGGAGCUCUCUGGUGAGGAAUACCGGCUGUUGCAGAAGUACGUGCUGGAGGCGAAACUGAGCGGUAUCGAGGUGGAUGGGUCGUCCAAGCUGGAGCUAAACGAAAUACUCGAACGGUUAUCACAGGAGCGUACUCGUUUCGCUAACAAACGUGAUACGGCGGUGAAGAAGUAUCAGCAGUUGGUGGAGGAUCCGGCACUGAUGAAAGAGUUCCCGCCAACGCUGCUACAAUCACUCGCGAUCGAUCCGAGCCAGGCAAUGAAGGGUCCAUGGCGGAUCACAUUGCAGCCGGCGGUGGCGGAACGAUUCCUGGAGUAUUGCGGCGACCGGACGCACCGGUGGAACCUAUGGCAGGCGAACACGCGGAAGUGUUCCAUACACACGGACAAGUCGUUGGAGAACAGUACGCAUCUUGAAUCGAUCCGUGCGUUGCGCAAACGGCAGGCAAAGCUGCUCGGGUACGAAUCAUACGUGCACAUGUCGAUGGAAACUAAAAUGGCCGGUUCGGUGGAGUCGGUGUGCAAUGCGCUGGACGAACUGCACCGCUACGCGAAACCGGCCGCCGAUGGUGAGCUGGGCGUACUGGAGCGGUUCGCCGGUGAGAAUGGGUUCCGGGGUCCGCUGGAUAUAUACGAUGUGCCGUACUGGAAGCGGCGCCAUCUUGCCACCGUACAUCAGUUCAAUCAGGAAGCACUGAAAGAUUAUUUCCCGCUGCCGCGCGUACUGACCGGAUUGUUCCAGCUGGCCGAGCAACUGUUCGGUGUGCGCAUUGUCGAGCGGGUCGGUGUGGACGUGUGGCAUGAGGAUGUGCGAUUUUACGAUGUGCUGGAAACGGGCCCCGGUGCAUCAUCUGAACCGAUCGGUGGGUUUUAUACCGAUUUUUACUCGCGCGAAGAUGAGAAGCUCGCGGUGGCAGAUAAUGCUGGGUGGAUGGUUGGUAUUGGGAGUCGCAGUGCGGGCACUGCUUCCCAACCGCUUGCCGCCCUGAUCUGUAACUUCCCGGCACCGUUGUACGGUAAACCAUCGCUGCUAACGCUGGACGAUGUGCAGACGCUGUUCAACCGGUUCGGCAAAGCGUUACAGCAUCUGCUUACCACGUGUCAGUACAGCGAUGUGGCUGGGCUGUCGAACGUUGAGUGGGACGCGGUGGAGGUGAGUGGGCAUGUGCUAACACAUCUGCUGCACGAUUCCGCCACCAUACGGGCGAUUUCGGGCCACUACACGAACGAGGAUCCGUUGCCGGAACCGUGCGUUGAAGCGAUCCAACGGCGCCGUACGCAUCUCGCUGGGUAUCGACUGUGCCGUGAGCUUUACCUCGCCAAUCUCGAUCUGCAGCUGCAUCUGACCAGCGACUACUGGCUGGAUGUGAUGCGUAAGCUCUAUCCACACUUUCAUCCGUUCCCGCUCGAUCGCAAGGAUGCGCACCCGUGCUCGCUCGUACCGAUCGCAUCGGGUGAUUGGGGUGCCGCUUACUAUAGCCAUCUCUGGUCGCGCAUGAUUGCGGCCGACGUGUACAGUGCGUUUGCGGAGGCGAAGGAACCGGCCGCUCGGCAGGAGGUAGGCCGACGAUUCCGCGACACGUUCCUGGCGCUUGGUGGCGGUUGCCAUCCGAGCGAGGUGUUCCGCCGGUUCCGUGGCAGGGAUCCGUCCCCGACGGCGCUGCUCCAGACGCUCGGCAUUUACAAGCCGCAGGCAGUGGCGGGUGGUGCUGGUGGUAGUGGUGGGUCAUCCACCAGCCAUCAGAAGCUAGCGGGCAAGGAUGAGCAGUAGUAGCGGAAUGGGAAACGUGGGAUGACGUGGGUCCCAGUGAGUCAUUUAUUGAAAGGAAAGCAAGCGACGAUACGAGAUCAAUCACAUCUCAAACUGACUUGUGUUUUUUUAGCGUACAAAUAAUCACACAUAAACACACACACGCAAGCACACACGAAAAUGAGAAAUGAGUAAGAGGAAUAUGCUUGCAAUACAUAGUGACGAUUUGGCGCGAACCAGGCAGUUGUCGUUCGUGGUUUGUUGAAUUUUCGUGUUUAUUUCUGAUUUUUCAAAGCCUCUAUCUUUAAGUAGCAGUAGUAGCAUAUGAUGUUGCGCUUAGUUAUACAGUGGUAAUAAACCAUAUAUAUAUAGAAU